ACCAACACGAUCGAGCGCAGUUGCUGACGAUGACCAGUAGUCGCCGUUCACGCGCGGCGGCGCUCCUCCUUUCCUUCCUUACCAUCUCCUUCUCCGUCGCCGCACACCCGUGGCGCCGGUUGGCCGGCGGCGGUAGUACUGCGUGGGCGGUGCUGCUGACGGCGCCCGACGCCGCCGAAACUGAUCUCGGCGGCUGGUGGCGUGGUGCGCGGCCGCCGACCGGCAGCGCCGCCGGCCCGGACUUGCUCUCCACUGGCGGCAGAGCGCCCCCGACAUGUCAGCCUGCAGUUAAUCCCAGCUGCUCCGUACUGUCCGCACCCGGACACACCGAUGAAUGCUCCCCCACGCUGGCGGCGUUCGCCGCGGUGGCCGUCAACGGCAAGUCCAACCGCACCGCCACCGCCGGCAUAGCACCGGAGCUCAGCUGCGAGUCGGCACUGCUGCUGCUGCUCAUCAUGGCCGCCGUGCUAGUAGCUGGCCGGAGCAGAAGGGGGAGGCUCUCUGCGGCGGCGACAGCCCUCCUCACGCUGCUGCUGCUUGCGGUGGCCGCGCCGGAACCGACGGCGGCUGCAGUACGCUCCAACUGCACCAACGACCCCAACACGCCCAAGCGUCUCGGUUGCGAUCCGCAUUAAUUCGUACGUAGCUGGUGUGUAUGUGUGCACGUACAAUUGAGGCCUUUCUUUACGAGUAAAGUUGUACGCAAUGGAAGUCUUAUGUGGUGCGUAUAGGGUACGCGCGGUGUAACCGUUACGUGGUGGAGGACGAAUGAGACCUACACACCUCUCGAACGAACAUAUGAGGAUGUGCAUGUACCUGGAGGAUAAAAGUAAAGCACCUUAAUACUUUGUUAGUGAUAAAUAUAUCCUGACAAGUUCAAACAAGGUACGGCGGCACUUGGUUGACAA